AUGUCCCAGCGCAGAACCGAAGAUCGUCCCUCUUCCUCCCAUCAUCAGAACAACAGUAACGGCGGCGUCAACGACACUGGCACUUUUUCCGCUCCUAUUAAUGGUACAGGUAAUCGGCAAGGAAGAGAUAGCGCGAGGAGAGACAGGCAUAUCACCGUCAAACAAAACCAGCAAAACCUUAACAUUACCGGUACUGGUCGAACCCGUACUGGUAGUCUUCAUCACCCGCUCCCUCAGCGCGACGUUCGGAAGCCUGCUUCUUCUACCCCUUCGGCGCCGUCGUCGCAAAAACACCCUAAGACAACAACACUCCCGCCAUCUCCCGCUGUGACCCGUACCCAUCGCCGUCACACUUCGGUCAUUGUUAACCCCCCCCCUCCCCCCGCUUCCUUUAUCCCCUCGCAACCAAAACUUGCAUCUCCGGUUUUACUCGUCUCACGUCCUGCGACCUCCCACUCUUCACCCCCGUCAGCCACAUCGUCCGGGAAAAGGGCGCCUGCGCGCUUUAGUAGUAAUGGUAUAGCAACAACAUCCGGACCACCACCUUCACUCGCUUAUCGACGGAAUAUCGCAAUGGAUAAUCACUUUUCACCACACAAUGUGGGAUUGGGAGUUGGUGGAGGAAAUGUACAUAGGGGAGGGGUUGCUCUUCCGGUUAAUGGUACAACUGGUGAUCGGAGUAGCACUAGUAGCAGCACCAUUUCACAUUUGUCAAGGAGAGGAAGUUUGAAGGGGCGGGUACAGGGCGAGCAAUCGACCUCGAGGACGGGUUCGCUAGAGCCGGACCAGACCGGUAGUAAUGGGGAUGAUGACGAAGAUGAUACCGGGCGGGAUAGUGGACAAACAAUACGGGGUUUGGAAGAUUUACAGAGUGGGGCUUCCGAAUUCGCGGGUGAUGGGGGCCUGGAUGGAGAGCCUGGCACGGAAGAUUUAUUCCUCAAUCUCGCGAGAUUGAAUUCUGCCGCGGGUCAAAACGAAAAUAGUAAUGGGCCGAGGCCUCGGGCGCGGUUGGCUCAUCAUGCGCAUCAUCGGUCUUCACUUCCUGCCGAUACCUUCUCAUCCUCACCAUUACGCGCAUCGCAAACGCGUUCGCCGGGCAAUCGUGGUUCUCCGGUCGGUCCUCGUGAUGAAAUUUGGCAUGACCCUAGAGCCCCAACUCCCGCGACACGCUAUCGCGACCGUAGGAUGUCAGGGACUACGGAUAAUUUGGUUGACCAGAGGAUUGUCACCCCACGGGCAUCGUUUGUUCGACCACUUAGCAACGUGCUCAGGCGCGAUCAGUCCCCCGCGUCUUCCACUCACACUAGGAGCUUUUCAAUGGCUGAACCCGGCAUGAGAUCACGCAACGGGUUUACCAAUGGCAUUGCUCCACAAUCGCUGCACUCCUCACCCAAUGCAACCGACCAAUCCCCCGGAUCUGUAAUUGACCAUGACCAAACAGAUUCCUCCGGUGCGGCCAGCAGAAUGGAACACAGUGGGGGCGCCAGUAGCGGGAUUGGGGGACAAGAGGAUUCCUCAUCGGUAUCGACCACCGCGCCAUCGACUGUAUGGGAUGAACUAGAUGAUUUAAAAUCAAGAAUACGAAGACUGGAAUUGACUGGGCGAAUUCCUGCAUCGGGGGUUGGAGCGGCGGGCAACACAUACAGUUCAUCGGGGGAACGACCGAGGACAGCCACAACCACCGUUACCACAAUUUCAUCAUCACCUCGGCAUCAAAACAACCCUUCCGGUAUUGGAAUCUCCCCCCCCAACUCAACAAUUAGUCACCCCUCACCCAACUCGCACCCGCUAUUGCGUGCUGCUCUGACCAAGUCGAAGCCACUGAUACCCCCAGACGUUUUCAGAUACUUGGAAGCUGCUGCCGCCGAUGCUGUUGCAUUGGCAAAUGUGGUCGGCUGCACCGCCCCCGUGGGUAGUGGACCUCCAGGGGCUGUUGUCGAUAGACAGAUGCGGCGCAAGGCCGAUAGUGUUUGUCGAAGUCUGACCGAGUUGUGCAUUGCCCUCACCGAGAACCGGUCUUCCCUAGGCGUGACAAACUACUCACAUCAUGUUGCUCAACAUGUCCAUGGCGCUCGGCCAAUUAGCAGGGACACGGCCCUUGGUCGAGAAUGUAUCCUAGGCCGGGAGAGUGCACUUGGAAGGGAGAGCAUACUGGGGCGUGAGAGCGUCCUCGGCCGUGAGAGCGUACUAGGGGGGCGGGAGAGCAUCCUGGGUCGGGACAGUUCAGUGGGCAGUCACCGUGGGCUCGGGAGACUCUCCGAACGAAAAGGAAGCAUCGCUUCAAUAUCUACGGCAGCCGGUUACAACUCGAGCCCAAGGCUUUCCCUAUUUGUAGACCAAGAGACCCCCUCAACCCCGGGCCUUCUACGCCCCCGAAACUCCUUGCUUCUCAAAACCCGCCAAAUGCUAGACGACGACGAAGGUCAUGAAGGCUUCCGCUCCCCUUCACGCGCAGCAACAGACAUUAUGGGCCACCGGCACCGCAACUACCCAAUCAGCCGUCACAUGAGCCUAACCCCUGAGCGAUCACCCGGGCCUGAGAUGUCCCACCGGAGGCCACAUUACGUCACCAACGGUGCCGCCCUCCCAUCCCCAAUCCUCCAUGGCAACCGACGCUACUUCAGCGCCACCGUCGACCGCUCCGACGUCGCUGAUCGCCCCAAUGGCUCUUUCGAAGCCACCAAUUCUACAAACGAACGCUUGGUAGCCACCGCAGCCGCCGACUCGGACUAUGGCGCUGCGAGAUAUCGCAGCGGCAGUCUGGGACGUGCUGGGAAUCGUAGGCUGACCCGGGGGCUGAGAGAGAGUGUGGACUUGGAUAGCGUGCAGCAAGGCGGUUCACUCGGACGCACGCCAUUGCCUGGCGAGCGUUUACUGCGGAGAUGAUCCACCUAUUUCCUGUGCGAUUGGGUUAACUUUGUGAUUAGUUCUUUAUGGAGUUGGCCGGGUAGGUAAAAUAAAUAAACUGCUGGGGGGAUCGGUUGAUUGGUUUGUUGGUGGGUACUUUGGCUUUGGUUCUGGGGGGUUUUUCUUUUCUAUUCCCUUUUCCUUUUUCUUCUCUCAUUGUGGCGGUGUUUUUUUGUUUUUAUCUUGCUCGUGUGUCGUGCGGGCUGGUGGGUGGCGUAUCGAUUUGCUUUCUAUUCGCACGAAAAUCUUUCAUCAUCCCCCUCUUCUGCCCGCUAUUAAUUAUGGAUAACGGUUGGAAUUUGCUCCUUCCUUCCCUCCCGCUUCUUUUUAUAUCCAUCUUUUCACUCUUUUCACGCUAAGCUAUUUUUCAAAAAGAUUUCCAUAUGACUUUUAACUGCAUUAUAUUACAUAUCUUCCUUCCCUCUCCCACCGUCCUUCAGUUGGUAUCAACAGAGUAUGGCUGGUUUUUUUAGUAUUUGCUGUCCAGCUAGACUUUGCUAGACCAUUUGCUUUCGUUUUUGUAAUUCCGAUUAUAGCAUAGUGUUAUGAGGAAUGGUUUGUAUGCUUGCAUGGUAUGGUAUGCGAUGUGGAUUGGUAGAUUGGGGGGAAAGGAGGGGAGGGUGUUUGUAAGAUAAUCAGUCUGGGGAAUGGAUAUUCAUGGUGUUUAG